AUGGCUGGACCAAAGAGGAGCAAGUUGAAGAAGGCACUCUUGCCAUCUUCACACACGUCUACGCCUCCGAAUCCCGGCAUGAACGACGACGAACUCAUGGAUGAUCUCAUGGCUCAGCUAGACUCAAGAAAUCAGGCUGUACAGGCCGAGUCCGCUACGGUGAUCAACGAAAUGCAGAUACAGAAGGCCGCAGAUACCCCGCCUCCUAGCAAGCACGACAGCAAGUCACGACAUCAAGCUCGACAGGCAAGGAAAGCUGCUGCGCUUGCGGAAAAGUUCGCGCCCGCCGACGCAGAAGGAGACGCGCGGCUGCAGAAAGAAGCAGCAGACGAAGAAAAAACUAUCAAACGAGUAUGUGACGAGUUAGGAGUAGAGAUCUUUGAGAUCAGCCCAGACGGUCACUGUCUUUUCUCGGCCGUAGCGGACCAACUUGCUCUUAUCUCAAUAUUACCCCCUGGCCAAGCUAUAUAUACCACUUGUCGCCACGCCGCUGCAGACUAUAUGCGCAGCCAUCCAGACGAUUUUAUACCCUUUCUUCCGUCAUCUGGAGGUGAAGAUGCCGCUGGCGCUACGAGCGACACGGGGCUCAUGAGCCAAUCACAGCUCGAACAAUACUGUGUCUCAGUACGGGAUACGGCCGCAUGGGGUGGAGAGCCAGAAAUACAGGCCCUGAGCAGCGCAUUCAACGUGCCAAUAUAUGUAGUGCAAGGCGGUAAUCCGUCCGUGGUUAUGCAUCUGCCCUCAGGAUCCCCCGACAAAGGCCAUGUCGCGGAUAAGAAUGUGGUUCGCAUAAGUUAUCACCGGAGGAUGUAUGGAUUGGGCGAGCAUUACAAUUCGUUACGGCCGAAAAGGACCUUGUCUGAAAGUGUCAGAUCGAUGCUCCAUAGUUCAUGA